AUGGACGUGCUGACAUUAAAGAUCAUAUUGUUGGUGUUCAUGGCCAUUGUUCCGUUUGUAUUUUCACUUAUUCCGAUACAGGUAUGUUAAUUUAGAUCAACUUGUAUAACCGUAGUAAUAAAAAAUUACUAUCAGUUUCCAGUUAUGGUCAUCAAAAUAUAGUAUAGACAAAGUUUCAGCUCUUCAAAGUACUGACAAAAUCAAAAGGACGGCUAGGCAAGAACGCCACUACUACAAUAUCACUGUUGUCAUGCUUUUGUGGAGGUGUCAUUUUGGGAGUAUGUUUGAUCGAAAUGUUACCAGAUGCAAGGUAAUAAUACCACUUUAUCUACUUUCAGGUUUAAAGUAUAUGUUGACAAGACAUUAGCAGUAGUCAGGGCGGGGACUUUUGGUCUGGGGGCAGGGGUCCAAAAAAUCGGCACCUGUGCCAAUUUUCGCGAAAUUUUUUUUUCGAAAAUCUACAAGGGGGCCACGUUCAACUUUUUUUAAAAAUUUUUUUUCUGGGGGGUACCCCCCCUCGCGCCCGGCUCUGGCAGUAGUAAGAAGUUACUGUCGCUUGAUGACUGUCGGAAUGACCUACUCUCGGGUGGACGAUGAUAACCGUAAUUAUUUAAAUUUUAGAGAAGACUGGGAGAAGGCGAGGGAGUUGUUGGGAUACAACAGUGAGUACCCGUAUGUGGAGCUACUGACUGGGGUCGGCUUCUUUAUCGUCUACUUCGUAGAGCAGUUCUUGAGUCAGGUGUGUGGGUUGAAGCACGACCACGAGGAUGAGGGGGUGGAUGAUGUGUUGUCGUAAGUUUUGUUGAAAUUGUUAUACUUUGUGUAAAAAAGAAAUUACUUUUAAAGUUUAUUGUUAAUAGCUCAUACGCCUUUUAUUGAUAUACCUACAUCUCUUUAAUAGCAUUUCAUUUUAGACACUAUGAAAGUGACUUCGACGAUGAAACCCCAGAGAAACAAAGUUCCGAGGUUGACUCUGAAAAGAAUGUCAUAAAGCACAAUCAUAUUCAUCCAGGUCUUUCGAAUGUCCUAGCCUUCGUACUCGCACUAUUGGUACACACAGCUCUAGAAGGCUUCGCCUUCGGAGUUCAGAAGACCGUGAUCUCGAUGAGUUCGCUCUUCUUCGGCAUCAUUACCCACAAGGCCUUGGUGUCGUUUAGUUUUGGCAUGAAUCUGGCUAAGAAUCUGUCCCACAACAAAAUGUUGAUGGUCUUGUUGCUAUGUGUCAUAUCAUUCUCUAGUCCGUUUGGCGGUGUCAUUGGGAUUCUGAUCGAAGUAAGUGUCGACAGUAAUUCUUAGGAUUUUAAAACUAAUAUUAUCAUAUUUAAAGUUAUUAUAUAAUAUGCUUGACGCUGUAAUAUAUAAUAUUUCAGAAUUCGGACAUGAACGAAACAUCAAGAUACGUAGUAUCGACGGUACUGACCAGCUUUUCUGUUGGUACUUUUAUUUACAUAGCAUUCUUUGAGGUAAGUAGUUUCUACUUUUGUUAGACCGUAAUAUGACAACAUGUAGUGUUACUAUUUGUCGCAGUUUCUUAUAUUUUUUGUCAAUUUUACUUUAGGUAUUGGCCCCAGAACACGCCAAUAACCAACCGCCACUAUUAAAAUGGGGGUCAUGCUGUCUGGGCUACUUCACUAUGGCCUUGUUCUUGGCCUACAAACAAGAAGAGUGA